AAAAAAAAGCAUGGAAAAGUCCAAGGGCACCUUACCACGGCGUGCGGCUGCAAAAACUCAGCUUCCACCUUAUCGUUUUCCCCUUCCUAAUGUAACUAACAGCUUGCUUGGUUGGUAUUACGAAUUCCAUUAAUCCAAACCCCAAAAUUCCUAUCCUCUCCUAAAACCCUAGUUCUCUCUCUCCCAUCUCUUACAACCUACCUCCCAUGGACGCCGAGCUUUCUGCCCAGGAAAUCUCCUCUCAGCCGCUCUCUACCUACCCAGGUUCUUCUUCUUCUUCUUCUUCUUUCUUUGAUUCUAAGUUUGGAACUAGUUCCGUAAAACAACAUGCUUUGAAAGCUAAUGAAAAUGGUAAAACUAGUGAUAAUGAGAGUGGUGAGGAUGAGAAGUUUGAAACAGUGCCCGAGAGGCCACUUGUGGCUGACCCAGAUGAUGAAAUUCCCUCUCCGGCAAAAGGUAACGAUGCCCCUUUUGUCCAUUCUCAUGCUUCAACUCUGAUUUUGAAAGACGACUUGCUUGGGGAUGGUGAUAAUGGUUUAGAGGGAUUUAGAGGUGAAGGAUGGAUCAAAAACCUUGAUAUUCAAGGUGUUGGUUAUGGAGAAAAGGAGGACAAGCUGGAAAUGGGCUCGACAGGUGGUGCUGACCAAUCUGUUUUAACAAUGGAAAGCAGAGAGGAAGGUAGGAUUGGGAUGUUUGAGAAUAAUUCGGUUUUAGGUGGUGAAGUUACGCAUGGUGAUUCUAUGAUUGCAGAAGCAAUAGAUUAUAAGGUGGAUUUGAAAUUUUCUGGUGGAGAGAAAUUGGCGGCUGAUGCAACACCUGAUCCUUCAGACAGUGAGAAAUCUGAGAUUAAGGGGACGGAGGUGGUUCCAGUUGCUGGGAAUGGAAGCUUGAAUAAUGGCUUUAAUCGGAUUUUUCAUGAUGAUGGACAACAUAUUGAUCCUGUUGCCACCAAUUCAAUUGAAACUGCUGAGGUCUUGGCUUGUGAAAAGACUUCUGAAAUUGAUGCUCAGAGGAAAGUUGAUUCUUCUAGUCGGGGUCUGCUUGGUAAAGACGAUUUGGGAACCAAGCUAAAUGACCUCAGAGAGGAGGCUAGUAUAGAUUUGUUGGGACAAGUGUCUGCUGAGAAAAUAGAUGGAGGGGUUAGAAAUGGAAUUCAGACAACGGAUCGUUCUGCUCAACCUACAGAAAUGAUGGCAGCUCAUGAAGCAAAGGGUUUAGAUAGUGAUUCCCAAAGCGGAAGAUCGGUAACCAUGGCAAUAGAAGAAUCUCAUUCUCUGAAGUCUGUGGAACAAACUACGGUUUCUGAAGCAGAAAUUAGUUUUGAAGAUGAAGAUGAAGAAGAAGAGAAGCACCAUCAGGACGAUGGUGGUGAAAUUGAAGGCUCAGAUACUGAUGGAGACACUGAAGGUAUUAUCUUUGAGAAAGCUGAAGCUGCUAAACAGUUCUUGGAGGAGCUAGAACGAGGAUCUGCCAUUGGUUCUCACUCAGGUGCUGAUACUUCUCAUGAUCUUUCUCAGAGAAUUGAUGGUCAGAUUGUCAUUGAUUCAGAUGAAGAAGGGGACACCGAUAAAGAAGGGGAGGGGAAAGAGUUAUUUGAUUCUGCUGCUUUGGCAGCCCUCUUGAAAGCAGCAACUGGUGCUGGCUCUGAUGGAGGUAAUACCCCUAUAACCUCUCAAGAUGGGUCCAGGCUUUUCUCUGUUGAGCGACCUGCAGGUUUAGGAUCUUCACUCUACAAUGCAAAAUCUGCACCUCGAUCGAACCGGCCUAACCUAUUCAGUCCUUCUGUUGUAAUGAGUGGGGAAGACUCUAACAAUAACUUGAGUGAAGAAGAUAAAAAAAAAUUGGAAAAGUUACAGCUGAUAAGAGUCAAAUUCUUGAGGCUUGUUCAGAGGCUAGGACAUUCUCCAGAAGAUUCUAUAGCCGCACAGGUUUUAUAUAGGCUGGCGUUUGUAGCAGGGAGGCAAACCGGUCAUCUGUUUAGCCUUGAUUCUGCAAAGAGGAAAGCUUUGGAACUUGAAACAGAGGGUAAAGAUGAUUUAAGCUUCUCCAUGAACAUACUUGUUCUUGGGAAGAUUGGGGUGGGCAAGAGUGCUACAAUAAAUUCAAUCUUUGGUGAGGAGAAGGCUUCAAUUCAUGCAUUUGAACCUGCCACUGCAGUUGUGGAAGAGAUUACUGGAAUAGUAGAUGGUGUUAAACUCAAGGUCAUUGAUACCCCAGGUUUGAAAUCUUCAGCCAUGGAGCAAGGUGCCAACUGCAAGGUCCUAGCUUCUAUAAAAAAAUUAAUAAAGAACUGUCCCCCUGAUAUUGUACUCUAUGUUGACCGGCUGGACACACAGACUCGGGAUCUUAAUGAUCUGCCAUUGUUAAGAUCAAUCACUAAUUCUCUUGGCUCCUCUAUCUGGAAAAAUGCCAUAGUUACUUUGACUCAUGCGGCUUCUGCGCCUCCAGAUGGACCAUCUGGCUCACCUUUGAGUUAUGAGGCGUUUGUUGCCCAACGUUCCCAUGUUGUUCAGCAGUCAAUUGGCCAGGCUGUUGGUGGUCUGCGCCUGAUGAAUCCAAGUUUGAUGAAUCCUGUUACUCUUGUUGAAAAUCAUCCUUCAUGUAGAAAGAAUAGGGAUGGUCUCAAGGUGCUUCCUAAUGGUCAAGCUUGGAGACCGCAGCUAUUGCUGUUAUGCUACUCUAUGAAAGUCUUAUCUGAAGCAAGUUCUCUCUCCAAACCUCUUGAUCCAUUUGACCAUGGGAAGCUCUUUGGUUUUCGUGUCCGUUCUCCUCCUCUUCCAUACUUGUUAUCUUGGCUGUUGCAGUCUCGUAGCCAUCCUAAACUCUCUGCUGAUCAGUGUGGUGGUGAGAAUGGUGACUCAGAUAUUGAUAUGGCUGAUUUAUCCGAUUCUGAUCAAGAAGAAGAGGAUGAGUAUGAGCAGCUCCCACCUUUCAAACCUCUAAGGAAGGCACAGCUUGCUAAGCUUAGCAAGGAGCAAAGGAAGGCAUAUUUUGAGGAGUAUGAUUAUCGGGUGAAGCUCCUCCAGAAAAAGCAAUGGAAGGAGGAGUUGAGAAGAAUGAGAGAGAUGAAGAAGAAAGGAAAGCCUGCUGUUGAUGAUUAUGGUUACAUCGGGGAAGAUGUUGAUAAGGAAACUGGUGGUCCUGCUGCUCUACCAGUUCCAUUACCUGAUAUGGUCCUUCCACCUUCAUUUGAUGCUGAUAAUCCAGCUUACAGGUACCGGUUCUUGGAACCAACUUCUCAGUUCUUGGCGAGGCCUGUUUUGGACACUCAUGGUUGGGACCAUGAUUGUGGGUAUGAUGGCGUUAAUGUUGAACAUAGUCUAGCAAUUGCCAGCCAGUUUCCUACUGCAGUUGCUGUGCAACUCACGAAGGAUAAGAAGGAGUUUAACAUUCAUUUGGAUUCUUCAGUUUCUGCCAAGCAUGGAGAAAAUGGAUCAAGCAUGGCUGGCUUUGACAUCCAAAAUGUUGGAAAGCAAUUAGCCUAUAUUUUUAGAGGGGAGACCAAAUUCAAAAAUCUCAAAAAGAACAAAGCAGCUGUGGGAUUUUCUGUCACAUUUUUAGGUGAGAAUAUUGCAACCGGGUUCAAACUUGAGGAUCAUGUUGUUGUUGGAAAGCGGCUGAUGUUGGUUGGUAGCACUGGGACUGUUAGAUCUCAAGGUGAUUCAGCAUAUGGAGCCAAUCUAGAAGUGCGUCUCAAAGAUGCAGAUUUUCCAAUCGGCCAGGAUCAAUCCUCUCUGGGUUUGUCUCUAGUCAAAUGGAGAGGGGACUUGGCAUUGGGUGCCAAUUUUCAGUCUCAAUUUUCUGUUGGACGGAGUUCAAAAAUAGCAGUUCGUGCAGGAAUAAACAAUAAGAUGAGUGGACAGAUUACGGUUCGAACAAGCAGCUCAGAUCAGCUUCAGAUGGCACUCACUGGUAUUCUUCCUAUUGUCAUGGCAAUUUAUAAAACCAUCAGGCCUGGUGUAAGUGAGAAGUAUUCUAUGUAUUAGCCACUGAAGCAGUUCCGCCCCUCUAAAGAGCUGCCAUUAGGUUACCUUGGGAAAUUGUUAUAUUAGAUUAUAUUGGAGGCAUUGCAAUAGUCUUCUUCUCUUUCCAUGAAUAAUGCUUAGAUUAAUUUUAGCAUGAACUACUGCUUUGAAGAGAUCCAUUUUAUUGUUUAAUAAAUGUUAUUAAGCAUGAGUAACUUAUUGUUUGUUUAGCAAUUUUGGUUAAUAAUAUAAUGUAACCAUAUGUUUGGUUUUCUGUGCUGUCCACAUGGACAUGUACUCUGCUGUAAUGUAAUGAAAAAAAAUUUAUCUUUCUUCAAGAUGUGCCCUUUGAUUUGUUUGAACAUGCCCUUUAAUUU